GCGUGCCCUGAUGCGCAGGCGCAGUGGCUGGACGACAGACCGUGUGUUUCCAAAAUGGCGGCAGCGAUGGAUGUGGAUACCCCGAGCGGCACCAACAGCGGCGCGGGCAAGAAGCGCUUUGAAGUGAAAAAGUGGAAUGCAGUAGCUCUCUGGGCCUGGGAUAUUGUGGUUGAUAACUGUGCCAUCUGCAGGAACCACAUCAUGGAUCUUUGCAUAGAAUGUCAAGCUAACCAGGCGUCUGCUACUUCGGAAGAAUGCACUGUUGCGUGGGGAGUCUGUAAUCAUGCUUUUCACUUCCACUGCAUCUCUCGCUGGCUCAAAACACGGCAGGUGUGUCCGUUGGACAACAGAGAGUGGGAAUUCCAAAAGUAUGGGCACUAGAAAGAAAAUUCUUCCAUCGAACUCAACUGUUCUGUUAUUCAUUUAAUGACUUGCCCUCCCGUUACUUAAGUAUAAAUUAGAUAGAACUGUGUCUUUUCUGCUUUGUCUUUUCAGUUUGCUAUUCCUGCAGCCAUAUUGUAUUCUGUGUCAAAUAAAAUCCAGUUGGAUUCUAGAAUAGAUGCUGUCUCUUGUGUAUGUGAAAAAAGUGAACAUAAAGGCUGGAAAGCCAGCUUUUGAAAGUGACAUGUUUGUUCAUUAGAGCAGAGUUGUCCUGUGAGUCUGCCGCUUGGUCACCAGGGAUCCCGAUCCACAGCCCGCUCGCUGAUGGCAGCCUUGGGUAGGUCAUCUCUCUGCUCUUCCUUUCCCUUUAGAACGGCUAAAAGGCAUCAUAUGCACACAGAAAGAGGCUUUGUAAAAUGUAAAACCACUAUACAAAUGUUAACUUUGACCAUGUGUGACAUGUUGCUUUCUCUUCUUAGUUUAGAAAAAUAAACCUGAAAAAAUCUAAUAUGUAA